GGGUGAUCUAUCUCCCGUGACGAUCACGUGGAGAUAGCGCUACAUACAUGACUCAGCUGUGGAUAAGGGUUCUUAUCCAUCAGUUAUUCUUAGCAUCAUCUCCAAUCCCAUUUUCUAUUCUCAUUCUCCAUUCUUUGAUCGACGGUCAAAAUGAUGACGAGGUGCUCAAUCAACACUCAAAGCUUGUCAGUCCAAUGGUCCCACCCUUGCUGACAUUCGUUGAACUCCUUCCCAAACCAUCCUUAGGUGAAGACGGGGCACUGCUGAAAUCUUCUAGGUUCUUCCUAUCAGGAUGCUAAGUAUCAAAUAGUGCUGAACAUCUGGUCCACGACUCAAGGCGGGGUCGCCUUCUUUGUUGUUGGGCGCCUACCAGCACCACCGUGGAGACAAUGAACGCCGUGGGCGCUUGCAAAGAGAAGCAUAUUCGAUAGAGAUCGCCUACGGCGCUCCUCGAUUGCUGCAUCUCAACCCGCCAACCGAUAUCCCGUCGCAUGCGUCUCGCGGUGUCAGAGCAGCCGCUUCGUAUCUCGGGCGUUUAUGUGACCUUUCUUGAUUGGUCGUCACCGCUCUAUACGACAAGUAGUAGACGAAACGCAGAGGAUGGACUAUGGAGUAGCUCUGGGAUGAUCACGUCCCGGUUGCUGCGCCUCGUUGGCCGUUAG